AUGGCCCAUAGAUUAAUGGCCAAAGGAGGACCCGAGAUGGAAGCUUUAUCGCCUAGGGAUGCGAACGCCGGCCGUCAAAUGAUGAAGACAAACGACCUGAAGGCCAACCCGGUUCCCAACCCGGUGGCAAAGCUCAAGGCAGCACAGGGGAAAGACCACCCUCCGCCACCACCCGAUACCGUCGUCGAGCCGCCCAGCUCUGACCGCUCCGAUGGCGCCGUCUACCAGGUCGGCAAGUUGCUCGGCAAGGGAGGCUUCGCCAUCUGCCAUCAGGGUUACUUGAUGCCCGAAAAGAAGAAGUAUGCCCUGAAGAUUGUGAAGAGCCAGAUGCCGAGCAAGAUGCAGACGAAGUUCCAAACCGAGUUGCAGAUCCACUCCAAGAUGAAGCAUAGAAACAUCGUUCAGUUUCUGAGAGCCUUCUCCUUCAAUGACUGCACCUUUCUCGUCCUCGAACUCUGUCCCUACGGCUCACUCAUGGAGAUGGUCAAGAAGCGAAAGGGCCUGACUGAACCUGAAGUUCGCUUCUACUCAAUCCAGAUUGCCGGCGCCAUCAAGUACAUGCACAGCAAGGGCAUCAUUCACCGCGACCUCAAGAUGGGAAACAUCUUCCUCGACCGCAAUAUGAACACGAAGGUCGGCGACUUUGGACUGGCAGCGCUUCUUGUCACGGGCAAGGACAUGCACACCAUCCGACGCACCACCCUUUGCGGCACCCCCAACUAUAUUGCGCCCGAGAUCUUGGAGAAGGGAAAGAAGGGACAUGACCACAUGGUCGAUAUAUGGAGCCUGGAGUACAGGUUCGCCAUGCUCACCUCGAAACCUCCCUUCCAGUCCACAAGCACAGAUGAAAUCUAUCGCAGGGCGCGAGAGCGCGACUACGAAUGGCCAACGAUGGAGACAGCAGGCAAGCUUAUCAGCUCCGAGGCUAAGGAUAUUGUCGCUACCAUGCUCGAGGAUGCAGACAGAAGACCUGAGCCUGACAGCAUCGUUCAACACCCGUUCUUCAGCUGUGGUUAUCUGCCUGUAGAAGCCGAAAUGACUUCCAAACUCCUCACAUUGCCUCCGGAUGCGCCUCACUUUUACGGCAGCCGCAUGAGUACCGUGCUCCAGGCCUCAACAAUGAGGCAUCUCAAAGACAUGUGCAGAGAGUGCGACGUCGGACCCUACGCUCGCCAGCAGGCCAUUCAUACACAGACUUGGAAGGAGAUGGCGGCGGAGGAGAAGUCGGGUCUAACUCCGAUGAUUCCUCUAGCGGCACACAUCGUGUAUCGACCCUUCGACGAAUGGCUCAAGGAGCAAAAGUCGUACAAGGCUGGCCUCCUGAGUCACUCGAUGGCGCGGGCUGAGGGCAAGGCUGAUGCCCAGCUCCCUCUUUCCCAGACUGUCCCGACUGGACUGCUACGCGCACCGCCGCAAAGCUUUGCAGCGCAGCAAAGAGCCCAGGGCCGCCCUACCACGACAACCGCUGCGAUCAGGACCAAGGCGCAACCGGAAUCUCAUUCCGAUACGGCCCCGCCCCUCCGCCCAAGGACUGUAAGACAGUAUACAGCGUCCGACACUGAAACAGAGACGGCGCCACCCAUUAGACAACCCCAGCAACCUCCACAGAAGCCGACGACGAGCUUGCGAAGAGCACUGCCCAAGACUCAGUCUGCCUCGGCUAUUCCUACGCAGUCAAAUUCGACUCGCAGCAGCUCACCAACAUCGAAUCAGAGUGACGCAUCGAAGGAAAACAGCUACUCGACGCUCUUCAGUGCCUCGGAGCAACCAACGCCAGUGCUUGGUACUCAGCCGGAUGCCAUCCUGGAGCGUCUUCAACGUCUUCAGACUGAGCUUGAACGUGCACUCAAUGCGCGCACCAUGGCAAUCAUCUCCGCCAAAGAAAAGGCCCCCCCUCGACCCAAGGUUGUGACUCGCUGGGUAGAUUACACAAAUAAGUUCGGCCUCGGGUACAUCCUCGACGAUGGAGGUAUUGGUUGUAUUUUGCGAGACAUUCCGACAACAGAGAACGGCAAGACCAGCAUGCUGCCCCCAGCUUGCAUGCUCAUUCGCAACGCGGAAGAGCACAGCAAGCGCGACCAGGACCUUAGCUACACCGACAGACACCAGCCAGUCCCACCGCGAGAAGACGUCCACUUCUACGAAAACAAUGGCGAGGCGGGUCUGAAGUGGUACGGCGUUCCUGCUCGGCAAUUCCGUGUUCCCGUCGAUGAACGGGGUGUUGCGGGAAAGAUGCCUCCUGGCCGGGACGUCUAUGAACACAGGAAAAGAGAGAGGGUGAUUCUCUGGAAGAAAUUUGCGAACUACAUGAUUGCAUAUGGUAGGGAUGAAUUCGGUCCGGGGCAUGACAACACGGCAGACCUCUUUGGUUCUCAAGACCCCUCCUCGUCUCAACCCACUGAUCUGGUGAUUUUCUACCAGAGACUUGGCGACGUUGGUUGCUGGGUCUUCUGCGACGGUCAUCUCCAGUUUAACUUCCCUGACCACACAAAGCUCGUCAUCAACGCGGCCGGUACCUGGUGUCACUUCUGGCACCUCCCACAGGAUGCCGCCGAAAGCCUGGCGAAGACAGGCACGCUUGACCCGAAGAGUCUUGAUGAGCGGAGUACUCUCUCGUACCCUCUGCAGACGCUGCUGAACUUCCAAACUAAGCCGUCAGCACGCACCACGACAACGACUCGUCGCCGCCCUGAGAUUCCGGCUGACUUACAGGGCAUCCCUGCAGCCAACGAUUUCCGCCGCAAGAUCCAUUUCAUCAAGGACGUUGUCAAGGAGUGGGUCAGCCACGGUGGACUGGGCAACAGCAGCAUGGACCGUGAGAACAGGCUGAUGUGGGCUGGUCACCGCGAGACGGUGAAUGUCAAGAUUCCAACCAAGAUGACUUGGGUGACGAUUGGGGCUCGAUGGGGCGAUGACAGGCUGUCCGCCUAUGUGGACCCGCGUAACCCGACGGUGCUGGGCGAAGAAAUUGACGAGCCUAAAAGGUUCGCUCGCAGCCACAGCAGCUAA